AUGAAUAGAAUAUUCGGGUAUGGAAAUAAGAAAACACAUGAACAGCUCCUCCAGGACUCGAAUAAAGCUAUGGAUGAUGCCCAACAGUCAAUGCAGCAGCGAAUCUCCCAAAUGGACACACAGAUAUCACAACUUAAUGUGCAGCUCCAGACAAUUCAAAGGAAGAUAUCAUCUGUAAAAUCUCCAAGUGGGCAAAAGCCCUUGAGACAGCGUGCUUUAAAGUUGUUGAACAAGCGCAAACAAUUAGAGUCCAUGCGAGAUUCCUUGGAUUCGCAGUCCUGGUCAAUGAAUCAAGCACAGAUGACCAGUGAUAACUUGAGGAACACGAUGGUGACGGUCAAUGCUCUCAAACAAACUAACAAGGCCUUGAAGGCACAAUAUGGCAAAAUCAAUAUUGAUAAGUUGCAAGACAUGCAAGACGAAAUGUUGGACCUUGUCGAACAAGGAGAGGAGUUGCAACAAGUCCUAGCGAUGGGAUCAGGAGCACAAGAUCUUGAGGACAUUAGUGAUAGUGAGCUUGAUGCCGAACUGGAAGCUUUGGGAGAAGAACAGUUUGAUAUGGACUAUAAUUUGGAAGCCGAAACUACAGGAGAAAUACCCUCUUAUUUGAACGGAACAGUGCCUCAGUUUAUUGAUGAAGAGCCAAUGCCUGAAGCUGAGGGUAAGUUGGAAACAGCGACUUAG